GUGUAGCCGAUCAGAUCACUUGCUAGAAUCAGAUUCAUUCCUACAUAAUAAUACACUGGCAGGAGAUGUGCUCUCUCUCUCUCUUGCUACAGGUCAGGUCACUAACACAGUACGAAUUUGGAGAGUGACAACUGACGAGAACAGAACAAACGACCACAUGUUCCUGACGUGGGUUCAAGCGCCCAUCCUCGUUUUCUUAACCUAAAAGCGGCAGAAUUUCAAACAAAUCUAUCGUUUUAUUAAGUCCCAUGAGACAAACAAAUGACUGAUAAUAACUGUUGAAGACAAGCGAAAACAACAGAUAGAGAAAGGGGGCAGCUGUGUGUGCAACGCAGCACCAGAAGCGACAGAAAAAGAGCGAUGGGAGGACUGAAAUUCGACAAGUGGGGCUACGAGGUGAACACAGCCUCCGACGCUUGCAUCUCCGCCAUCAAUUCCUUCUAUCACCAGGUGCUGAGCUACGGAAGAGAGCGAUCCGCGAUUAUGGAGGCGCUGGCUCAUGACCGUAACUGUGUUUUGGCCAACGUUUUUGCGGCGCACUCUCAUGAUUCCUCAGACCCUUCCAGCGUUCAUGUUCAUCUUCAAGAUGCUAAAGCUCGACUUAAACAAGCCUCCAAGUACGAGAAAGCGGUUUUUGAUGCCGUCAGUUCUUUGAUCGCCGAGAACAGGGACGACGAUGUUGCUCUUGAGCUACACUCGAAGCUACUUGAAGAUUUCCCAAGGGACCUGGUAUCUCUAAAGAGGGCUCAAAUUCUCUGCUUUUACAUGGGUCGACCUGAUCUGUCUCUCAAUCUCGUUCAAAAGGUUCUCCCUCAAAAUGAACAAGAAAAUUACAUAUAUGGAAUGCUAGCAUUCUCUUUGCUAGAGACUGGUCGAAUGGCAGAUGCAGAGAAGGCUGCAAAAAAGGGAUUACAAAUCAACAGGGAAGACAGUUGGGCACAGCAUGCUCUUUGCCAUGUCCUUCAACACGAGUGUCGUUUCAAAGAAGCAGUGGGAUUCAUGGAGGAAUGCUCAAAAUCAUGGAAUUCUUUGUCAUCUUUUAUGUGCACGCACAAUUGGUGGCAUGUUGCUCUUUGUUACUUAGAAGGACAUUCUCCAAUGAGGAAAGUGCUAGACGUGUAUGACCACUGUAUCUGGAAGGAGUUGGAAAGAAAUCAUGCAGUUCCGCGAGAAGUGUAUUUAAAUGCUCUUGGUUUGCUGCUGCGGGUAUAUUUACGGGGUGAAAUUGACAUCAUCGAGGACCGUCUCAAGAUCUUAGCAGGUUGUCUGACAAAUCAAGAUCUCUGGUACUUGGAGUGGCACCUAGACGUGCUGACGGUUUGGGCAUUAGCUUCAACUGGAGAAUAUGGUAAAGGAGAGGAUCUACUCAAGGGCCUGAGAUCGAGGAUCUCGAAGAUGAGCAAUAAGAAGCGGCGAGUAAUGCAAGGAGGAAUGCUGCUUGCAGAAGCCAUGUAUGAAUAUGGAAAAGGCAACUAUAGUCGGGCCUUAGAAUUGCUUGGCCCAGAUUUCGAUGCAAACCGCUGUAAGGCUAUUGGAGCAUCAGAUGAGCAGCUUGAUGUCUUUAACGAGGUUUGGUAUGUGGCAAUGCUGAAUACCGGACGCGCUGCUGAAGCAAUCAAAGUCCUCGAGAGCAGGACAGAGAAGAGGGAAGGAGUGCCUUUUAUGUGGCGCCUGCUGGAGAGGGCUUACUCGAUGCUGGGGAGGCCGGAAGCCACUGCUGCCCGUGAGAAGGCCAAGCAUUUAGAGGACACAUGCUUCAAAUAACCAGAAACUCGCAGAGCCUAGCCCAGCCGAGCCGAUUAUCUGAGGCUCUUAUCGGAAGCUUUUAGAGCCUAGGAUGUGAUCUGAAAUGGCUCUUGUGCUUGUACCACUAGUACAUGAUUGUUAAACUCUUAAUUUUAUGAGUACGAUUUUAUGAUUUUUUA